AUGAAUUUCGUAUUUUCAGCAUUAGAUACAAUACAAAAAAUUGCAUUACUUUUAUUUACAUUAUUAGCAAUACAAUGUCUGCUCGGUAUUGGAUUAGGAAUUGGCUAUUUAUUACAACCACCGUUGUAUACUCAUUUAUUAUUAAUUAUCGGAAGCGGUCUUGUGGCUGUUCCCAUUAUUCUUGGUAUAUUCGGUAUAGUACAACGUCGUUGGCGUUAUUUAAUGGCUUGUUUAGCCUUUCUAUCAUUGUAUAUGUCUAUUCUGUCUGGUAGUGUUGCAUGUGGUUUUGCUAUUUAUGAUCAAUUGGAUCCUGUUUUAAAACAAGACAUUCUACAGACUACGGCUCCAAUAUGGACAAAUAUUCAAACAACCUAUAGUUGUACUCGUGCAAAUUGUGUACAAGCACUCGAAUCAGCCAUGUACGCCAAUAAACAGCGUAUCGGUAUUAUUAGUGUCUGUUUUUUACUCGUACCAAUAUUGACAAGUAUUACGAUUAUAUUUCAUAUGAGAAGAGAUUUACUUUAUUUUAAAUAA